UUUCAGAUCAACACCGAUGCAAUAAUUACAUAUCCAAUGCAUAGUUCUGUAAAAUUAAUCGCCGAAAACACCGACCAACCCAUCUACUUUUAUGUGUCUUCUUAUCAAGGACGAUACAGUUUUGUCAUGUGGAACGAAACCACACCAUACGGCGUGGUGCAUCAUGACGAUUUGCAAUAUUUGUUCUUCAUGAAAUUCAAAUUUCCAUUCUUCGAAAACGAUGACCCGGAAAUUCCUACAGUAGAACUUAUGACAAGCAUGUGGUCGAAUUUCGUUCAAACUGGACAGCCAGUAUCUCCAGCUUUGGCUAAGAAUGUUACAUGGGAACCUUACUUACCAGAGAAAGACAACUAUCUAGAAAUCUCUGAGGAACCAAGAAUGAAGACAGGACUUUAUCCCGAUAGAAUGCAAAAAUGGGACAGUUUGUUUCCUUUGAAUUCGAAAUAGAAAUCGAUAUCUACA